UCGAUCCCAGGACCCUGGGAUCAUGACCUGAGCUGAAGGCAGACGCUUAACCAUCUGAGCCACCCAGGCGCCCCAGAUUUUGCCUAUUUCUGUAUUACUUUCUGAGGCAGAAUUAAUCUCUCUCCACUGAAUAUUGUGAUAAUGUUUGCCCUCACUCACUAGACAGUAAGCUCCUUAGGACAGGGACUGUGUCUUAUUCAUUUCUGUACCUUUAGUCCAUAGCCCAGUGCUGGACAUAGUAGAUGCUAAAUAAAUAUUUGUUAAAUAUAAGAGUGAGUGGUAUUCCCAGCAGUGAGAACUAGAUGAACAAAGGUGGUCAAAGGUCUGGGGGGAAAAAUGAAUAGUUUAAUUUGGCUGGAGUAUGAGGGAGAAUAGUAAGAGAUAAAAUGGAAUGGUUUCUUGGGUAAGAUUUUGAAGGGCUUGAAAGUCAACUGCAGGAAGAAGAUGGGCAGGUGGAAACCAAUGAAGGUUUUUGAGCAGAGGUGUAAUGUGAAAAAUAAAUUUAGUUUAAAGCCAUCACAGUCCCUCUCUUACAUAUACUCAGUUUUUCAUUUAUACUCAGAUUCACCUCCCACCUACCUCUCUGUCCACCCACUCCCAGGCUUCCCCAACAGCUUGUCCUACCCCUUUAUCUGCUCCCUGGCUAGGCCAGGGAUAUAUCCAUGGGCUGCUUCCCCUCUCAGCCAGAGGCUGUGGGGCCCCCAACUCCCUGUCUUUCCCCUUCUCUUCCUGGGGCUGGGAAGCAGGCCAGGGUUAGCUGAGGCUGGCUGGUGAGCAGCUGGGCAGUGCCAGGGAGAGCCUGUGUAGUGCCAGGUGGUGCCUUGGGUUCCAGGCUGAGCCUGUGACCCCGAUAACCUCCUGCCUGUGCACACACCUGCCUCUCACACCACCCCCAUCCAGGCUUUGGUAUCGGGGAAGGGGCACAGGGCCAGGCAGACCCACAGGACUUUGGCUCCAUCUCUACAAAAGGGCCCUCUGUGAGUCAGCCUGCUCCCCUCCAGGCUUGCUCCUCCCCACCCAGCUCCUGUUUCCGAUGCACGUACAGCCCGUACACACCGUGUCUGGGACACCCCGCAGUCAGCCACAUGGCUCCCCUGUGCCCCAGUCCCCGGCUCCCUCUGCCGAUCCCAGCCCCUUCUCCGGGCCCUGCCGUGCAGCUGCUGCUGGUGCUGCUGCUCCUGGUGCCUGCCCAGCCCCAGAGCCUGUCCCGGAUGCAGGGGUCGGCCGGGCUGGGCGGAGAUUCAUCUGGGGAAGAUGAUCAGCUGGAUGAGGAAAACCUACCCAGUGAAGAGGACCCACCAGGAGAGGAGGACCCACCAGGAGAGGAGGACCCACCAGGAGAGGAGGACCCAUCUGGAAUGAAGACUGAACCAGGAAAAGAGGACUCUCUGAAGUUAGAGGAUUUGCCUACUGUUCAGGCACCCAGGGAUCCCCCCGACUCCCAGAAUAAUGCCCACAGGCACAACAAAGGGGAUGACCACGAUCAUUGGCGCUAUGGAGGCGACCCGCCCUGGCCCCAGGUGUCCCCAGCCUGCGCAGGCCGCUUCCAAUCGCCGGUAGAUAUCCGCCCAGAGCUCACCGUAUUUUGCCCGGCCCUGCAACCCCUGGAAAUCCUGGGCUUUGAGCUCCCGCCUCUCCCAGAACUGCGCUUACGCAACAAUGGCCACACGGUGCAGCUGAUUCUGCCUCCGGGGCUGGAGAUGGCCCUGGGCCCCGGGCAGGAGUACCGGGCCCUGCAGUUGCAUCUGCACUGGGGGGCUGCGGGUCGCCCGGGCUCGGAGCACACGGUUGACGGCCACCGUUUCCCAGCCGAGAUCCAUGUGGUUCACCUCAGCACUGCAUUUGCCAAAGUUGAUGAGGCCUUGGGACGUCCAGGGGGGCUGGCCGUGUUGGCCGCCUUUCUUCAGGAGGGCCCAGAAGAAAACAGUGCCUAUGAGCAGCUGCUGUCACAUUUGGAAGAAAUCACUGAGGAAGACUCAGAGACUUGGGUCCCAGGACUGGACGUAUCUGCACUGCUGCCUGCUGACCUCAGCCGCUACUUCCGCUACGAGGGGUCUCUAACCACACCCCCCUGUGCCCAGGGGGUCAUCUGGACUGUGUUCAACCAGACAGUGAGGCUGAGCGCUAAGCAGCUCCACACCCUCUCUGGCUCCCUGUGGGGACCUGAUGACUCUCGGCUACAGCUGAACUUCCGAGCCACGCAGCCUCUCAAUGGGCGAAUGAUCGAGGCCUCCUUCCCCACUGAAGUGGAGAGCAGCCCCAGGACUGUUGAGCCAGUCCACCUGAAUUCCUGCCUUGCUGCUGGUGACAUCCUGGCCCUGGUUUUUGGCCUCCUCUUUGCAGUCACCAGCAUUGCCUUCCUUGUGCAAAUGAGAAGGCAGCAAAGACUCCGAAGUGGGACCAAAGGGAACGUUAGCUACCACCCAGCAGAGGUCACGGAGACUGUUGCCUAGAGGCCUUGGAACUGGGAGAAUGUGCAGAGAAGCCAGCCAGAAGAAUCUGAGGGCGAGCGGGAGAUUUUGUCCUGUCCUACCCUUUAUACCACUUCCUUUUUUAGGUCCAAAUAUUUUUUUAAAUAAAUGUUUCUAAUAAAAUAUGUGGAAGGCAGCUUUGUUCCCCAAAUCAGGAGGAUGGUGUAUUUAUUUCCUAUUGCUGCCUUUAACAAAUCACCACAAACUUAAUGGUAAUGCAAAUUUAUCCUCUUAGGGUUCUGGAGGUCAGAAGUCCAAAAUGAAUCUUCUGGGCUGAAGUCAAGGUGUCAGUAAGGGCUGGUUCCUUCUGAACACUUUGAGGGGAGGGGGUUUCCUUUUUCAGGUUCUAGAAGCCAAGGAUUCCUUGGCUUGUGGCCCCUUCCUCAUAUCUCUCCAGCCUCUUGCUUCCAUUGUUGUAUCUCUUAUAACUGCCUUUUGACCUUGCCUCCCUCUUAUAAGAGCCUUUGUGAUUACAUUGGGCCUACCUGGAUAAUUUAGGAUAAUCUCCCAAUUUCAAAAUCCUUAGCUUAAUCACGAAGUUCCUUUUCCCACGUAGGGUAACAUUUCACAGGAUUAAGGUGUGGACGAUUUGGUGGGGGGCAUUACUGCCUAGCACAGAUGUUUUCGGGAAGGGGCGGAAGUGACUGAGAUAGUUAGAAUGACCGUGGGCACACCCACAGCAGCGUAUGUGUCUGGGGGUAGAGCAGGCUUAGCCUCUAGGCUUAAAAUCAUAGUGAGGCUUUUGGGCUUUCACCCUGCUCAAGUAAAAUCUGUGUAGCUUUGCAGUUUUGCCUUCAGACUGGCGGACUGCUGGAAUGGGGCAGUGCCGAGGACAGCAGCUCCUUUGCCCUGCGGGUAGAAAGGGUCCAGAUGUCCCCCCAGCCCAGCGGGGCCUCUCUGCUUCACACAGCCUGGUCACAACCCUCCUCAGUGAACCCACUGCCCCCACUUCUUGGCUCCCUUAGCAAAGGAAGUCCUACUGUGGAGCAUGGUCACGCAGGGGCCCUUUCAACUCCACUGCUCCCCUCGGGCAUCUUCUUAGCCUUUCUACUUUGGAAAACCACCACCACCGUCACCAACACCAA